GCUUGGUUUAUGCUUUUAAGGAGAACGUCAGACCUGAAUCUGUGUGUAAGAUGAACCUGGCUCUGCCAAGCGUGUCCGUGUGAACAGACCACCAAACAGGCUUCGUGGGAGCCAUAAAAGCUGUUUAUUCACUUGGGUGCCGGUGGGCUGAGUCCGAAAAGAGAGUCAGCAAAGGGGGAGAUGGGGAAGGGGUGGGUUGAUAGGACUUGGGGAGGUCACGGAAAACGACAGCCAAAGGUGCGGAUCUGAAGGGGCGGCCGGCCCCUCCACGCCUGUGGGGGUUUCUGUGGGUCAGGUGCUGAGAAAAGAAAUAAGACACAGAGACAAAGUAUAGAGAAAGGGGACCGGCGCUGAGGGACCCCAGGCAGGCCCCGGUCUCUGAGUUCCCUCAGUAUUUAUUGAUCAUUAUCUCUUUACCAUCUCGGAGAGGGGGAUGUCGCAGGACAACAGGGUAACAGUGGGGAGAAGGUCAGCAGGAAAACAUGCAAACAGAGAUCUCUGUGUCAUCAAUAAGUUUAAAGAAAGGUGCUGUGCCUUGGCCUUGCACAGAUACAAACAUCUAUACAAACAUCUUGGAUGCAAACAUCUGGAAUGCAAACAUGAAACAGCAGCAUUGCCGCUAGCACGUCUCACCUCCAGCCCUAAGGUGAUUUUCUCCUAUCUCAGUAAAUAGAACGUACAAUCGGGUUUUACACCGAGAAAUUCCAUUGCCCAGGGACCAGCAGGAGACCGAGGCCUUCCUGUGUCUCAACUGCCAAGAGGCCGUCCUCUUUUACUAAUCCUCCUCAGCACAGACCCUUUACGGGUGUCAGUUUCUCCCUUCCCAAGAGGCCGUAUCUCAGACUAUCCCAUGGGGAGAAACCUUGGACAAUACCUGGCUUUCCUGGGCAGAGGUCCCUGCGACCGGCCUUCCGCAGUGUACAUGCCCCUGGGUACUCGAGAUCAGAGAACAGUGAUGACUUUUACCAAGCACACUGCCUUCAAGCCCUUUUUUAACAAAGCACAUCCUGCAUAGCCCUGAAUCCAUUAAACCCUGAGUCAACACAGCACACAUUCCUGCAAGCACAGGGUUGGGGCUAUAGGGUUACAGAUUAACAGCAUCUCAGGGCAGAAGAAUUUCUCUGAGGACAGAACAAAGUGGAGUCUCUUAUGUCUGUAGACACGGUAACAGUCAGAUCCCUCCCUCUUUUCCCCACGGUUAUCUACUGUUAGCAGAGGAAGGGGUUACAAGGUGCACGGUGGACACAUCCUAAGACUCAUUGUCGAGAAGACGAACGGCACACGGUCGAUGGAUCAGCUAAGGUUGCCCAGGGUUCACCUCCGAUGGGCGGGCAGGUGAGCACUUCCAGCAGCUUCUCCAACCUGCGCUGCAGAAAUGCGAACGAGGACUGGAUGUCGGCACUGUGUCCCCAGCUCUGGGAUGUGCCCCUCCACCACCUCUCCAUCCCAGGGAGCCACGACACCAUGACCUACUGCCUGAACAAGAAGUCCCCCAUUGCACACGAGGAGUCCCGGCUGCUGCAGCUGCUGAACAAGGCCUUCCCCUGCAUCACGCGCCCUGUGGUGCUGAAGUGGUCCGUCACCCAGGCGCUGGACGUCACGGAGCAGCUGGACGCCGGGGUGCGGUACCUGGACCUGCGGAUCGCUCACAUGCUGGAGGGCUCGGAGAAGAACCUGCACUUUGUCCACAUGGUGUACACGACGGCCCUGGUGGAGGACACGCUCACGGAAAUCUCGGAGUGGCUGGAGCGGCACCCGCGUGAGGUGGUCAUCCUGGCCUGCAGGAACUUCGAGGGGCUGAGCGAGGACCUGCACGAGUACCUGGUCGCCUGCAUCAAGAAUAUUUUCGGGGACAUGCUGUGUCCUCGUGGGGAGCUGCCGACGCUGCGGCAACUGUGGUCCCGGGGCCAGCAGGUCAUCGUCUCCUACGAGGACGAGAGCUCCUUGGGCCGGCACUGCGAGCUGUGGCCAGGAAUCCCCUACUGGUGGGGAAACACGGUGAAGACGGAGGCCCUCAUCCGCUACCUGGAGACCAUGAAGAGCUGCGGCCGCCCAGGAGGGUUGUUCGUGGCCGGCACCAACCUCACGGAGAACCUGCAGUACGUCCUGGCCCACCCGUCCGAGUCCCUGGAGAAGAUGACGCUGCCCAACCUUCCCCGGCUGAGCGCGUGGGUCCGAGAGCAGCGCCCGGGGCCGGGCUCACGGUGCACCAACGUCAUCGCGGGCGACUUCAUCGGAGCGGACAGCUUCGUCGGGGACGUCAUCGCUCUCAACCACAAGCUGCUUUGGUGCUGACGUGGGGGUUCAGGACGCAGGGGCUGAAGUUUCACCCUCUACUUUCCAAGUAUCGUGACUUUGUUGGGGCCAAAUAUUGGGGAUCAUGGGACCGAUAAUA